GUACAACUGUACAUACACACUAAAAUAAAAUAAUAAAAUAUAUUAGGUGACGAAUAGCUUUUGGAUUCAAUGGCCUUUUCGUUCGAAGAACCCUAGCUCAGUUUUGUCUCCCCUGCUCAAAAUAUUUAGUGGAACUACAAGACAGAAAAGUUGAGCACCAAAGGUGGCGGCCUGUUCACUUCCUCUGUACAAUAAACGUAGUUUCAAGGCGUUCCUUGAGAAAUCUGUGAAUCAAAAUUAAUGAUUUAGAAGAAGAAUUCAAGUUCAAGCUUUUGGACCUUUGUGGCGAGUUUUAGAGCAUAUCUUUGAAAGACAAAUUGUAACUGCCAAUGGAUCAGCAAGUAAAUGGACAGCCCCAAGGUAUGGGAGUGGUGGGUAGCUCUGCUCAGAAUCCACAAAGUGUGACAUCAUAUCAAGGAAACCAAAUGACAGGACCAUCUGGCCCUGCAUCAGCUGGGUCAACUCAAUCUUCCCAAACAGCUGGACUCUUGACUUCUCCAGCUCAGAUGGCGCAACACCAACUUGCUUAUCAGCACAUUCAUCAGCAGCAGCAACAGCAAUUGCAACAGCAACUCCAGAAUUUUUGGGCAAAUCAAUAUGAAGAAAUUGACCAGGUAACAGAUUUCAAGAACCAUAGCCUGCCAUUGGCUAGGAUCAAGAAGAUAAUGAAAGCAGAUGAAGAUGUUAGAAUGAUAUCAGCCGAAGCACCAGUUAUCUUUGCCCGAGCAUGUGAAAUGUUCAUUCUUGAGUUGACGUUGCGUGCAUGGAACCACACGGAGGAGAACAAAAGGAGGACGCUCCAGAAAAAUGACAUUGCGGCAGCCAUUACAAGGACGGAGAUAUUUGAUUUCUUGGUUGAUAUUGUACCAAGAGAGGAUCUGAAAGAUGAGGUGUUUGCCUCAAUUCCCAGAGAAAGCCUCCCUGUUGGGGGUCCCGCUGAAGGGCUUCCUUACUAUUACAUGCCACCACAGCCUGCUCCACCACUUGCAGCUCCAGGGAUGUUUGUGGGGAAGCCCGUUGAUCCUGCCCUUUAUGCCCAGCAGCCUCAUCCUUAUAUGGGUCAGCAGAUGUGGCCUCAGCAACCACCACCUCCUCCAGAUUCUUAAACAGAAGUUAUUGCUGAAAAGGGCUCUCUGGAUUUCGAAAAUGCCAGCCAGAGCACUUUGAAGUGGUAGUAGACUUUCCUCGAGAUACACGAAGGGUAUGGCGUAACAAUCCUAACGUUCAUGUUGUCGACUUAAGAGGAUUGAACUCUAGUUAACAAGUCUUGUAUAAUAUGACUUUGCCCAUUUAAACUUUUUAAGUUACUAUGUUAUAAUCUAUAAAUAAUUGUGGCACUGAGAUAUAAAUCUCUUCUUGUACUUUUUCUGGAUUUUUCUUCUCUUUGGUGUAUUAUCACAUUCUAGGUCGUACUAUUUGCUUA